CUGCUGGCCGAGCUGGAGCGGCAGGUGCAGGGCGUGGUGAGGGCGAGCUCGUGGUGGCAGCGGCGCGGCGUGGACUGCGCCAUCCUGGCGCUCAGCCUCCUGGCCGUGCCAGCCGGGUUCCUGUGUCUGCGCUUUGAGAACGUCCUGCUCUUUGCCACCGGCAUUGCCAUCUUGGGGGUGUGCCACUCCACACUGACGGUCAAGGGCAGUCACCUGGCCACGCACAGUGCCCUCACCCAGUCCAAACGCUGGAGUAAGCUCUGGAUGCUUUUCUUUGUGGAGGUGUGCACAGCCUUCCCCGCCGAAGAUGGCAAGUACAACCACGUGAAGAUGCAUCAUGGCUACACCAACGUGGUGGGCCUGGGGGACUCCAGCACCUGGAAGCUGCCCAGCCUCAACCGCUACGUCUACAUGUUCCUCGCACCCUUGUCCAUCCCCAUCUUAACCCCACUGGUGGCUCUUGGCCGGUUAAGGACGGUGGAACUGAGGCUGGCUCUGAGGUCACUAGGCCUGAUUUCCCUGGGCCUUUAUUCUCAGUACUGGCUGUUCCUGAAUGUGUCAGGCUUCAAGAGCCCCAGCUCGGCCCUGGCCUGUAUGCUGCUCACCAGAUCUCUGCUGGUCCACCCAUACCUGCACGUCAACAUCUUCCAGCACCUUGGAUUGCCCAUGUUUGCCCCGGACAAGAAGCCCAGCCGAAUUUACAUGAUGAGCCUCGGUGUCCUCAACCUGCCCCGGCUGCCAGUGCUGGACUGGGUGUUCGGCCAUUCGCUCAUCAGCUGCCACGUGGAGCACCACCUGUUCCCUGAGCUCUCCGACAACAUGUGCCUCAAGGUGAAGCCCUUGGUGUCCCAGUUCUUCCGGGAGAAACAGCUGCCGUACAAUGAAGACUCCUACCUGGCUCGGUUGAGACUCUUCCUCAGUCACUACGAGGAGUUCAUGGUGCACGCCCCGCCCAUCACUGAGCUGGUGGGGGUGCAGUGA